AUGGAGGCCGGACUUUUGAGUGGUGAUGAGGCACCAUGGCCGAUCAGGGAUUGCAAAGUUCAACGUGUAUUUGGAUAUGCACCCAAUGAAACAUCAGAAAGCCAACCAAGCCAACCAAGUCAGCCCAUCUUCUUGACCAAAAAGCAACAGGAGAACUUUCUUGUCGAGUUCUUCCCAAGACUUCCACUCAUCGCCAAACGAAGAAUUGUGGAGCUUUGCGGAACAUUACACCCUCAACGUGUGGUAAGUUGUUUUCUCAAGAUUGUUACCACGAGAAUAUACAUGAAGCCAUCCUCCCAGAAUCUCAAAGGAUCUAUAGCACACAUCAUUUUCUGGAUAAAUAAACAGACUCUCCAUACCAGAGCCAACAGGCGGGAAAGAAGUUCGUAAACUAAUUCUGGCAUAGGUUCUCAAUGGACGCCCCCAACACAUGUUUUCCCCUCCAGGACCAGACGAAGAGCAUAUUGUUAGAGAACUCGAAGCUAUCAAUUUGGGUAUCCAGACUCUGCCUCACAAACUCCAGGAGAGAAUAUUCUCCUACCUUCCAGCUCCAUACCCCGAGCACGUGAACCAAAUCUUCAAUCACCAAUCUAUCAGCCACCAUCCCACAGGAUGCUCAGUACAUAACGUUGGCGUACCGGGCGACAUAGUAUGCAACGGUGGAGUCAGAUAUCAGGCCUCAGGAUUCAUGUUCGCAAGCAAGAAAAUACUUGCCGGGGUAAUUGAAGAGUUGGGCUGCUAUAAUAUGUUGACAAUUGAGAGAGAUGAGAUUGGAGCCAGUCAAGAUACAGCAAUUUUGCCUGCGUCUAUGAGUAGAUCCGACGACCAUGUUCAAAGAGAAACCGGCCAGAUCAUCAAUUUUCAACGGGAUAUGUUGAUCCUCCGGGGAGGCUGCUCAGAGCUUUGGACUGCCAAACGACUUCAAGCUGCUCUCACACGCCAGAACGCUGUCCACAAGGUCAAAUCUAUCGCUCUUUACGCAAACCACGCUGAUUUCGGCAACCUAUUAUCCUCAAUGAAAAACUUGCCCAAUCUUGAGCUCGUUUUUGUCGUGGUUGCAGAUUCACUGGAAAAUGCAGUCUAUUUGUGCAAUCCAGUCAGACACUGGAGAACCACUCACAUGGGUCCCGAGGACCGCAUCAGCCAACUCCAAGAAGUCAUGUAUGAAGAUAUCGGAUGCUACAUGAAAUAUCCGCUGGAUAUGGCUUUUAUAAGUAAGGGGCAUAUGAUGGGAAGUGGUUUGGAUUCUUGCAAGACUUUGUCAGAUCUCUUCAAGGCCCUUCCAGGCGACGGGGAAAGAUUGCGUUACAAGGAUGCAGGAAUGAUGAAGGGGCUCAUGCAUGCGCUGUGUCGUGAAGAUAAUGGAAAAUGGGUCUGUCCAGUAAUUCGUGUUGUCAGAGAAGCCAGUUACCGUACAUUGGAUGUGCGGCCUACGUAUUAG